CACUUCCAAGAUGAAGACUCAGGUUCUGUACUUCCUUGUUGCCGUGGCUACUGUGGCUGCAGACAGGAGGCCUACCUACUCUAUGGGCCGCCGCAGGAGUCGUUCGAGUACUCGGAGGAGUCGUCGGAGGCCAAGUACGCCUUCGACUGGGCCGUCCGCCACGCCUACUCCGGCAACGACUUCGGCCACCAGGAGUCCCGCGACGGCGACCUCACUCAGGGAUCCUACUACGUGCAGCUCCCCGACGGACGCCUGCAGAAGGUCACCUACUACGUGGACGGCGACUCAGGCUUCAUCCCCGAGGUCGAGUACGAGGGCGAGGCUCGCUACGACUCGGCUGAGUCCCGGGAGUACGGGCGGCCCAGACCCGUGUACGCCGCCCCCGAGUCGGAGGAGUCCAGGGAGAGCCGCCCCGUGUAUGUACAGUCGCCCCGCAGGCCCGUGUACGCCGCCCCCGAGUCGGAGGAGUCCCUAGAAAUCCCUGUGUACAUCCAGCAGGAGCCCAUCUACAGGCCUGUGUACACCACUCCUCGCCCCGUGUACACGACGCGUGUACACGACUCCUAG